AUGUCUCUUUCAUUGCAGGGACUGCUGACAUUCAGCGAUGUAGCCAUAGAGUUCUCUCAGGAGGAGUGGGACUGUCUGAACCCUGCUCAGAGGACUCUGUACAAGGACGUGAUGUUGGAGAACUACAGGAACCUGGUCAGCCUCGAUAUCUCUUCUAGCUGUAUGCUCCAGGAAUUAUCACCAAAUGUGAACAUUAUUAAAGAAGAAUUAUUCCAAACAGUGAUGUUGGAAGAACAUGCAAACCAUGGCAUCAAGGAUUUUGACUAUGGAGAAGCCGUAGACUAUGUGCAUGAGUUGGAGAGCCAUGUCAAAUUCAACAUUGGUAAUAAAUGUGGAGAGGUUUUUAAGGACCCCUCAUUGCUUGCACAACAGCAGAAAACACACAUUAGAGACAAACUUUACAAAUGCCAUGAACAGGGGAAAUCUUCCAACCACAGGUCAAAUCUCACUAAGCGUCAGAAAGUUCAUUCUGGGCCAAGGCCCCACAAUGAAUGUACUGAGUGUGGCAAAGCCUUCAAUUCCUUCUCAAACUUAAUUAAACAUAAGAAAAUCCAUACUGGUGAGAAACCAUACACAUGUAAUGUCUGUGACAAGUCUUUCAGGCUCCGGUCUGACCUGAGGAUUCACCAAAGAAUUCAUACUGGAGAAAAACCUUACAAAUGUAACGAGUGUGAUAAGGCUUUUAUCAGACGUUCACAACUUCUGGGCCAUGAGAGGAUUCAUACUGGUGAGAAACCUUACCAGUGUCAUGAGUGUGGCAAGGCCUUUACUCUGCAUUAUUCCCUCACUCGGCAUCAGAGACUCCAUAAUGAAUUGAGCCUUUACAAAUGUAAACAGUGUGGUCGGGCUUUUGUCUCUCUUUCCUACCUUUGGUAUCAUGAGAAAAUUCACACCGGUGAGAAACCAUACAAAUGCAUUGAAUGUGGCAAGGCCUUUAGGCAACAGUAUGACCUCAGGAUACACCAAAGAAUUCAUACUGGUGAGAAACCAUUCAAAUGUAUUGUAUGUAACAAGGCCUUUAGGCAACGGUAUGACCUCAGGAUUCACCAAAGAAUUCAUACUGGAGAGAAACCUUACAAAUGUAAUGAGUGUGGCAAGGCUUUUACCUAUUUUUCGCACCUUACUAGACAUGAGCGAAUCCAUACUGGAAAGAAACCAUAUACAUGUAAUGUAUGUGGCAAGGCUUUUAGGUGUCUGUCUGAAAUCAGGACUCACCAAAGAAUUCAUACUGGAGAAAAACCUUACAAAUGUAAUGAGUGUGGCAAGGCUUUUAUCCGACGUUCUCACCUUUGGAGCCAUGAGAGAAUUCAUACUGGAGAGAAGCCUUACAAAUGUAAUGAGUGUGGCAAAGUCUUUACUGGAAAUUCCCACCUCAAGACUCACCAAAGAAUUCAUACCGGAGAAAAACCUUACAAAUGUAAUGAAUGCGGAAAGGCUUUUAUCACACAUUCACAUCUUUUGAGUCAUGAGAGAAUCCAUACUGGAGAGAAGCCUUACAAAUGUAAUGAGUGUGCCAAAGCCUUUGGCCAUCUUUCAAGCCUUACUAGACAUCAGAAAAUACACACUGAGAAGAAAUACUGUAAAUCUGCUAUAUCUGUCAGUGCUUUCAUCCAAAGCUGA